CACAGAUGAAGCAGAGUGCAGUUACAUGCUGUAGGUGAUUACUCUACCAGAUACAUAAACCAACAUCAAAUUCUGAAAGGGACCGGAUUCAGAAAAAAACUCUCCGUUUCCGUAUCUAUGUUUUUUUGGCGGAAAUGGGACCGGAUUCGAUGCCAUUCAGCGUGCCGCUCCUCGACACCUCUCCGCCUCCGCGCGACGGGCGACAGCGCCAGUCGUGAAUCAGCGCCGGCGAGCCCCCAUCCUGGCCGGCAGACUCCCUAGGCGGCUGGGCCAGCUCUCCGCCUCCGCAUCCCCAGUCUCCGCGCUGACUGCCCCGCCCCAUCUCCAGCCACGCCGGCGCCGCAUCCCCAUUCCCCUCACCGCCGUCUCCGGUCACGCCGGCGCGUCCCCAGCCCCCGCGUCGUCCGCUUACCAGGCAGGGAACCGAGAAUCUUCUUCCCUUCCAUUAUCUUCGUUGCAAGGUCUCUAAUGCCAGCUUUCUCUGAUCUAAUUUGAUAUUUUGAUGUAGCCAUCUAAGUAGUUGAAUUGUAGAAAUAACCAUGAUGUAUUGGUUCUUUAAUUAUACGUAUUUAAUUUAUGGCUCUACACUAUUUAGUAUUUGUAUAUCGAAUUGUGGGGUCUUUUAAUGCUACUUUACCAAAUUGCUAUAUAUAUAUAUAUAUAUAUAUAUAUAUAUAUAUAUAUAUAUAUAUAUAUAUAUAUAUAUAUAUAUAUAUAUAUUACCGAUUUGGCCAUGAAAUUUGUUUGGUCGGAUAUGUCCCAUGCAAACAUCUUAGAUCUGUCACUGACUUUAGACCGUGUUCGGUUGCAUGGGAUUAGAGAGGAUUGGGGUAGAUUAAAUCUCUUUCUAUUCGAUUUUAAUUACCAAGUGAUUUAAUUCCUCUAAUCCCCUUCAAUCCCUUCAUAACCGAACAAGCAUUUACUGGGUAUGCUCCUGCGUCCUGCCCGAACUCUAACCCAACUUAAGUUGAUUGGCUAUUCGUAUCCGGUUCUGAUCUAAUCAAUAUUGAACUGUAUACAUGUGUUUUUCGUACUAACUUUGAUAUUUUUUUUCCUGAACACCAUUGGCUAUACAUUUGUACACCCAUGUACUAACUUUACUCGGACCGCGUAUGAACCCGCAAUGCUUCCUUGUCAAGGUCGCUACAUCAACAUGAGGCUCAACAAGGUGGAAGUGAACCUUAUAAGGCUGCUGGAGGCUGCUCCCUGGCAGCAAAAUCAGGCUAAACUACUCUAUUAUGUAACCACAGCCCGGGAGCUUUUGGAGCAGCUAGGAGCUGAGACUACACCAGAAGGGAUAUCAAGCAUUUCAAAAGCUAAGCUUUCUGAGUAUUCAGAAAAGAUUGAAGCACUAGCUUCUAGGCUUGCUGCUUCACUGCCUGAAAAUGAAAAGCCAAUUACUGAAAGCAGAGAUGAAAUCUCUUACGACGAAGCCAAGGCAGAAAGUCCAAUAUCUUUAUCAUCAGGACUACGAAGGAGAUCAACAGCCCAUGCUGAGGUUGGACCAAGUCAUCAUGAGAGAAAAGAAGAUAUUGGAGCACCUAUAAAAUUGGAUGCAGAAGCUCAGGCUCACAUUGAGAAGCAUAGGAAGCUUCAAGAAGAUUUGACUGAUGAAAUGGUCGAGUUAGCACGGCAACUGAAGGAAAGUAGCCUAAUGAUGAACCAAUCCGUGCAGGAGACAGAGAAGAUCCUUGAUUCUACCGAGAGGGCCGUCGAGCACAGCCUGGCAAGCGCGGGCCACGCAACCUCGCGAGCCGCGGAGGUGUACUCACUGGCUUCCAAGACUACGUGCUUCCAGUGGCUGCUAAUGUUUGUGAUGGCCUGCAUGUUUGUAAUGGUGGUUCUACUCAUAAGGAUCACUUGAUGAAGGAUGAGGGCUGUAGAGGGCACUCAAAUCUUUUGUCACCCUUGACUUUGUUUCAUAGGGAAUUUUUUGUGUUGAUGGUAUUUUCUCGACCAAGUGUCUCCAACCAAACAAGGCUGUAGUAUGUGAAACUGGGAGACGGCUGCCUGUACAGAGGCUUGGUGAUUGCUGUUUUUGGUUACAUGGGGAUUAGAGGUAAUUGAGGGAUAUAUAAUCGCUUGCUAUUUAAUUUUGAUCAGCAAGAGGUUAUGGC